AUGGCCCCUCUUAUUCGAGUUGUCGGCUCCCUCAACGCCGACAUGGUGUCUAUCACACCUCGGUUCCCGAAUCCAGGCGAGACAAUCACCUCCUCGUCCUACUUCACCAGCGCAGGCGGCAAAGGCGCCAACCAAGCCGUGGCAUGCGGGCGAAUGUCCCGAGCCAAGCCGACCAGCGACGCCAAUUCCACGAGCGACGUGCAGGUUGAGAUGGUGGGCGCAGUAGGCGCAUUGGACGGACACUUUUCCGCACUGUUGAAGCCGACACUCGAACGAUCGGGCGUUGAUGCUUCGCGGGUGAAGAUUGUGGAGAAUGCUUACACGGGAGUUGCAGUGAUCAUUGUCGACUCGUCUGCCGGCGGCGAGAAUCGCAUUGUCUUCUCGCCUGGUGCAAACUACGAUGGUAUGCAGCCGACGCCUGAAGUACUGGGUAUGGCUCUCGCGGCACCAAUGCCAGACGUCAUUGUCAUGCAGGGCGAGAUCCCCGUCGAUACAGUGAUCGGCACACUACGAGCGAUCGCAGCCGAGAAGAAGAAGAGCCGCGCUGCUGGAAAACGUGGCAUUGAGUGCGGUCCCGAUGUCAUGUUGAACCCGGCACCGGCACCGCCCGGGGGCCUACCGGAGGAUGUGUAUGCCGGGGUUGAUCAUUUGAUUCUGAAUGAGACGGAGGCCGGGCUCAUGACACCGCCUACGGACCAGUUACUUCGCACGGUGCCCGACGCGGAGGCAUUGGACGGCAAGGAGAAGGUUGCUCGAUACUUCCACAAACUCGGUGUGACGUAUAUACUCAUUACGCUGGGAGCGAAGGGUGUCUGGUACAGCGCUGCAGAUGGAGGCCACUCGGGGCCCAGUGAUGGGGUGCGACGGUUUACUAACGAGCUUCCAGCCGCGCCUGUCUCACGGGUCCUGGAUACCACUGCGGCGGGUGACACCUUUGUUGGAGGGUAUGCUGUUAAGGUUGCUCGGUGGCGGGAAGAGCGUCGCGCAAAAGGCCUCGCAGGGCAAGACGUCACGGAUUCGGAGAAACCGGACCGGUACAAUACGCUUAUGGACGAGGCGAUGCGCCUGGCUGCGCGUGCUUCUGCCCGGACUGUGGAACGUCAGGGUGCGAUGGACAGCAUUCCCUUUGAGGAUGAGAUAUGA